CUGCCUGUGUUUUUGACAAUUGUAUUUUCCAAUUCUCCAUCUGAAACUAGCCGGAAGCCGGAGCUGAGCUGCCGGAAUAUUUUUUGAGCCCACCGGCCACCGCCUGCAGCAGAAGCUUUUGAACUCACUCCGGAAACCACCUCAGGAGCUUCAGGAACCUUAAAUCGAAGCUCUUGUCUCAUUCGCCCCUUUUCAAUCCAAUUCAAUUGCCGCAGGGUUGGUCAUAACAGUUGAAUUGUAGAUGGCCUGGCUCCUGAUUGCUAUCUCGUUGAUUUUACCGUGGGUGGCUUCUCUGUGCAAGAUUCUUCAUGCAUCAAAUUCGCCAUCCAAAGCUGCGUUCUUGAGCAGGGGUGAUGCUCUUCACAAGAGAAAUGUAUUGCUGGUUGUUGCCCACCCUGACGAUGAGUCUAUGUUCUUUUCCCCAACAUUAAGUUACUUGACUUCAGCAGGACACAAUAUUCACAUAUUAUGCAUGUCAACUGGUAAUGCAGAUGGAAUGGGGAACACUAGAAAAGAAGAGCUCUUCCAAGCUUGUGCAGUUCUGAAGGUUCCACUCCACCAAAUAAAGAUUUUGGAUCAUCCAGAUUUGCAGGAUGGUUUCAGCAGAGCGUGGGACCACAAUUUACUGGCUAAGAUUAUCAAAGAUGAAGUCACUACUCAUGCCAUUGAGUUGAUAAUUACUUUUGAUAACUACGGUGUUUCGGGUCAUUGCAAUCAUCGUGAUGUGCAUUAUGGGAUACGGAAACUUUUACCCGAUAUAAUGCAGAGAAAUAUUGAAGUGUGGGAACUUGUCAGUAAUAGCAUAUUACGGAAGUAUAGUGGACCAGUUGAUAUUUGGCUGUCCAUAUUGUAUGCCACGCAUUACUCAAGUGGACAGCUCCAUUGUUUGCUGAAUGUGCAUCCUCGAAAGAGCUUUCUUGCAAUGUCCCAGCAUAGAAGCCAAUGGGUUUGGUUCCGAAAGCUGUUUGUAUCAUUUUCCAGUUAUACUUACGUGAACACACUCAGAAAGAUUAUGUGAACAUGUAAAUGAGGUUCGAGAGCAUUGGAAUUAUUAUGUCUUUUGCGGCUUCAGAGAAAUUCCCUCAAGAAAGAGCAAAUGACCGGAGUAUGAGGUUAAUGGAAAGCACUGGAAUUACCAUGGUUCUAGUUUUUUGUGGUUUUCAAAUGGAUGGUCUAAACCUUUUCAACUCAAUUGGUUUAAUUCCCACUGCCAGGUGGAUCUGCUUAUAUAUUGGAAAUAUUUCUGAGCAAGUUGAAUGGCAGCCUAACAUUCACAUAGCUAGAUGACCAUAAGAAUUUGUUUUUGAGUUCUAAUUCAUUUGAAAGCAGAUUAUUAAUUAUGUAGUUCUGAUUUUUUUUUGUUUUUUUGUUUGGUUGGGUGUUAAGGUAUUUUGUUUGAGAUUUGUAGAGUGAGAGGAAUGACAAUGUAGCGCCUGAGAUGUUGUGAUACAUGCUCAAUGACUUACACCCAAUUGUUACUCAAUACCCUCGGUUGUUAAUUUCCCAUUCCCAUUUUAGAGUGUGGUUGAGCAAUUUAUUGAGUUGAUGAAACCUCCUUUAACAAUGAAAAAGUGGGGGCAAAACUAUUGGAGAUGUUUCAAA